CUCAGUGAUAUCAACCUGAAUUUUCUCACCAAACAACGACUUUGAACCAAAUCAACACCCUUACCGAACUGAGGCUGCCACUCGUGCGCCGCUCGCAACCUUACCGCAUUCAACGUUCCUCGUUUCAACCACACUUCCUUAAUCCUCCCAUCCCAACUCGUCGUCCGCCUUUUCUCCACUCGCCCGUCGUAAAGCUCAUGGAAUGCGACGGAGAAGAAUCUCGUAUCAUCAUUCGAGCCCGCGUAACGGAUAUACCAGGGGACUCAUGUCGCCGCCCGAUCACCCUUGGGGAGAUAUUCUGCACAAAGAUCCUUGGGAGGCCUUUCAAUACAGAAGUAACAGCGUCAAAAUUUGAUGCUGUUCACAUCCCAUAUGGGUUUAUCUACGAUCUCAACGUUGCAUGCAACCUAGAAGAGCAGGAGCUACUAGCAAGAAUUCCACACCAUGUCUACCAAGCUAGCUUGGUAGAUAAUCAAUGGAUAUUUGUUAAGCGCGAUGCUUGGCUUCCUAAUGCGAAGGGUUACUGCGCAAUGUUCUGCUGGGGGGGUUGAAGAGAACAAGAGAUUGCAGAAGCACUAAGGAAGUCGUUGAAAGAACCAGAUUCCAUUGCAAGCGCAUC